AUGGUGUGCUUGCUGCUGCUCGUUCUGUUGUCCUCCGCCGCCGGAGGAACCCUGACCGCCGAGGACUCGAGUCCAACCCUCCCGGUGAUGAGGAGGGUUGACCGGAGGGAAACUCCGGUCGUGUUUGUGAAGUCAUAUUCGCCGCUGGUGGAGAAGGAGUUUCACUAUUCGGUGAGGGGCCCCGCUGCGGCGCCUCCGCCCAAGCCCGUACGGGAACUCCUCCUCCCGGUGUGGCCAAACAUCAGCCCCGCCAGCAUCCCCGGCGUUGCCGUGGCAACGGUGUGCGAGGACCAGAAGCUGCGGCUGCAGGUGGACAGGAGCAUCGUAGGCCCCGACGGGCCGCCCUCUCUUCUGCGGCUGGGAACGUGUCGGCCCAGUAGAUCCACGACGGAACACCUUUAUUUCGACUAUGAUCUCGGUCUGUGUGGAACCGAACACACGGUGAUUGAUAACAAGCUGGUCUACUAUAACAUCCUGCAUUAUGACCCGCCGAGGCCUCCAGGACCGAUCAGACGAGCCCUGCCCUUCAGCCUACCUGUCGCUUGUUAUUCUGACAGGUACCUUUUCUCUUACAAAGUCGGGUUCACUCCAAAGGUGCAGAUGCGCAAGGGAUUCAAAGAAAUGAGGAACUUCAUUCUGACACCACGAAAUGCUCGGUGGGAGCAGCUCUCCCCGUCGGACCAGUACGGGCCCUGGGAGCCUGUCCGGUUCCAGGCUGAGGCCCCGGCUCUGCCCCGCCACCAACGCCUGUACGUCCACACCUGCUACGUCUCUGCUGGGACGUCCCACACCGCCACGCCUCAGUUUGCAGUCGUGAAAAACUUCGGGUGUGCCGUUGGAAACGAGGACACCCGCGCAGCCUUCAUCCCGUACAGAAACAACGCCGUGAGGUUCUCCGUGGAGGCCGGCGCCUUCAGAGCAGCAGAGGGACAGCUCUACAUGCACUGCAGCGUGGCGGUCGGCGGUUCGAUCCCCACGCCUACAGCCAAGUCCUGCAGUUACGACACACAAGCCAAAAGGUGGGGGGAGCUGCUGGGAUCCGACUCGGUGUGCGAUUGCUGCGACUCCAUCUGCAGCUUCUCUGCACCACCAGCACAAAUGGUCUCCAGUGAGCCGUGGACAGUAGAGCCCAGAGUGAAGCCCACCCCCUCCCCGAGGAGGAGGACGGGCUCCGUCACCGCCGCCGCCGCGGCGCCAGAGAUGAUGAGGUGGAGGUCGUGGCCUGAGGAGACGGUCGGGGAGAGGGAGUGGCCGUUCGGAGGCCGAGGACUGACGUGGGUGGAGGAGGAGCGUGAGGAGAAGCAGGUGGAGGAGGAGCGUGAGGAGAAGCAGGUGAAGGGCUCUGCUUACGUGGAGGUCGAGGAGGAAGGCUUCACGGAGCCUCGCAGAACAUUCGAAGAUAUCUUUGUUUUUGAUAAAUAA